CGGCUUCCUUUCCGCCACCAACAGGCAUGGCGCCCUCAUCCACAGCAUCAUCCUCCUCCUCAGGCUCGUCCGCGGCGAACUCCGCCGCGCACUCCUUCAACAAAAUUCUGAACCAGUUCAAGCUGUCGACGAAGGUCCGGACACCGCAGGACGUCGAGGACUCGGUGCGGAAACUCCGGAGGCUGAUCUUGGUGGACGGGAUCCCGUCGGCGGUGGACCCCACAAUCAGACCGCGGAUAUGGAAGAUACUGCUGCAUGUGCGGGACGUGUCGGCGGAGGAGUUCCUGGACUACGUCGCGCGAGGGCCGUGCGAGGUGCGCGAGAAAAUCAGGAACGACACGUUUAGAACCCUGGCUACAGACCGAGGGUUCAAGGAACGCGUGCGAGAGGAUAUGCUGGUGAGGCUACUGGACGCGUUCGUAUGGCGCAAUCACGACCGACAAGAGACGCAACAACUUGGGUUCACAUACGUCCAGGGCAUGAACGUCCUCGCCGCACCCUUCCUCUACACCAUGCCCUCCGAACUUGAAGCCUUCUUCUGCUUCGCUAAAUUCAUCGAAGAGAGCUGUCCAUUAUAUGUCCAGCCCACACUGGAGGGCGUACAUCGAGGUCUGAAGCUACUGGACAGGUGUCUCAAAAUCGUCGACCCUGAUCUCUUUGCCCACCUUCGGUCGAAAAAUCUCUCGGCAGAAAUAUAUGCCUUCCCAUCCGUGCUCACAUUGUGCGCAUGCACGCCGCCACUUGACCAAGUCCUGCUACUAUGGGACUUCCUACUCGCAUUUGGCGUGCACCUCAACGUCCUCUGUGUGAUCGCUCAGCUCCUGCUUAUGCGCGAAGAGGUCAUGGCAUCGUCUAGCCCCAUGCGCCUUCUGCGCACCUUCCCCCCGCUCGAAGCCCUCCCCGUUAUCGGGAUCGCCGUCACGCUUGUACGCGACCUCCCCACAGACUUGUACGACGAACUGGUGCGGCAUCCGUAUGCGGUUGAGUCAUAGCCGGGGGGAUGUCAGGGCGAACUUUCUAUUUGUUGGUCUGCUCUCGCUGUUGUGCUCUGUAUUGAUUUGGUCGGUUUGUUGUAUGUAUCGCUUGUACCAUCAUACCUCAAUGUCACGGGCCCUCGGACAUUCUCUCCGCACGUCGCCGCCUGGUGUUUAUGAAGCUGGGCAUCAAUCCCCCUUACAGGUCUUUGUGGUAGGGUAAGAUAUACUGACAUUCGGAUGGAUUGUCGCGCACUAUACUAUAUCGGGUCACGAUCUCGGACAGCCUAGGUAGUCGGUCACUCGAGCCUCAUUCAACAACCACCCCUUCUAUAGCUAUGAAAUAAAUUGUAGCAUGUCUCAAUGCAUCCUUGUAAUGCCUGUACAAAAUUUGAAGC